AUGGAAAAUGGGAUGUUGGAAUUUGAUAUUGGUUUGGGCGUCGGAGAUGACGGUAUGGAUAUAGAAGCCCCUAAUGAUGUGGACCAAUUUCCGGAUAACUCACUCAAUGACGCGAAUUCCUUUGGUAGUGGCAGUAGCGAGACUGCUUUUGCCCUCCAUACCUACAUUCCUGAGGGCGACCUCGAUCUCGAUCUCGAUCUCGAGCCUUAUGAGGGAAUGGAGUUCGAAUCCGAGGAGGCUGCAAAGGCGUUCUAUAACUCAUUUGCCAGACGGGUAGGUUUCAGCACCCGCGUGAGCUCCUCCCGACGUUCCAGGAAGGAUGGGGCCAUCAUACAGAGAUCAUUUGUGUGCGCUAAGGAGGGUUUUCGUAACCCGAAUGAGAAAAGGACAAAGGAUCGUGAGAUCAAAAGGCCACGCACAGUGACACGCGUUGGUUGCAAGGCCUCGAUGUCUGUCAAGAUACAGGAUUCCGGAAAAUGGGUUGUGUCCGGUUUUGUUAAGGAGCACAAUCACGAGCUCGUCCCUCCCGAUCAGGUCCACUGCCUCAGAUCCCACCGGCAGAUAUCUGGGCCCGCUAAGACUCUGAUUGAUACACUGCAGGCUGCGGGGAUGGGCCCACGCAGAAUCAUGUCGGUGCUCAUUAAAGAGUAUGGUGGUAUUAGUAAAGUUGGGUUCACGGAGGUUGACUGCCGAAAUUACAUGAGAAAUAACAGACACAAGAGCAUGGAGGGAGAUAUUCAACUGCUUCUGGAUUACUUGAAGCAGAAGCAAGCCGAGGAUCCUGCCUUUUUCUAUGCCGUUCAGGGGGAUGAGGACCAGUGCUUGGGCAAUGUUUUCUGGGCUGACCCGAAAUCGAGAGCCGAUUACACCCAUUUUGGAGACACCGUCACCUUUGACACCACUUACCGGUCAAACAGGUACAGACUGCCUUUUGUACCCUUCACAGGCCUAAACCACCACAGCCAACCGGUCCUUUUUGGGUGCGCUUUCUUGAAAAAUGAGUCCGAGGCCUCCUUCACGUGGCUUUUUGAGACCUGGCUGACAGCCAUGUCCGCCCGCGCGCCUUUAUCAAUCACUACCGAAUAUGACCCCAUCAUCCGGUCCGCCGUGAGUCAUGUCUUCCCAAAUGCACGCCAUAGGUUCUGCAAAUGGCACAUCUUCAAGCAGUGCCAGGAGAAGCUUUCGAGCAUCCUCCUAAAAAAUCCCCAUUUUGAAGCUGCUCUCCAUAAAUGUGUGAACUUGCCUGAGACAUCCGAAGAGUUUGAGUCCGCCUGGCAUUUGCUUGUAGGUAAGUACAGCCUUGGGGACCACAAGUGGGUCCAGUCGGUGUACGCUGACCGAGGGCACUGGGUGCCAGCGUACCUCCGCGACUCGUUCUUUGCCGAGACAUCUACUGGCCAUCACGGUGACGGCAUCAACUCAUACUUCGAUGGGUACGUGAACGCGUCGACCAACCUGAGCCAGUUCUUCAAGUUGUACGAGAAGGCGUUAGAGAGCCGUCACGAGAAGGAGAUCAAAGCGGAUUUUGACACCAUUAACAUGCCGCCCCUUUUGAAAACCCCCUCGCCCAUGGAGAAACAGGCAUCCGAGUUCUACACGAGAAAGAUAUUCACGAGGUUUCAAGAAGAGCUGGUGAGCACACUCACCUUCACGGCCUCCCAGGAGGAAGAUGGUGAUGACGAGAGGAGCAGUGAUGUUACCACUUACCGGGUGGCGAAGUUCGGGGAGGACCACAGGGUGUACCGUGUGAGGUUCAACGUUUUGGAGAUGAGGGCUUCUUGCAGCUGCCGGAUGUUUGAGUCCUCGGGAUUUUUGUGUCGGCAUGUGCUGGCAGUUUUCAGGGUGACCAACGUGCUCACUCUACCAUCGCAUUACAUAUUGAAGAGGUGGACGAGGAAUGCAAAGAGUAGUGUAGUGUUGACGGAAAGGGCUACGGACCCGUUCAGCGGUUACUUGGAGUCGCAUACUGUUCGGUACAAUACACUCCGGCAUGAGGCUUUGAAAUUCGUUGAUGAAGGGGCUGAGACCGUCGAGUCAUACGAUGUUGCACUUGGUGCUCUGGUGGAGGCCUCGAAGAAAGUUGCUCUUGCGGUGAGGAAUGAGGGGAAGGGUUUUGCGAGUAAUGGGCCCGCAAGAGAUGUGUUCGGUGAAGGUGGAGUUGGGGCGGAUCAAUGUGGUGAGGAAGGUCAAGGGAGCUCGACCCAGCAGCUAUUGGAGGGUGACAUGGAUCAGAAGAUUAAUGAACUUUCCAUGGAUCUGGAGCGUGCCAAUCGCAAAUGUGAAGUAUAUCGUACAAACCUCCUUUCACUUUUGAAGGAUAUAGAGAACCAUAAACAAUGCUUAUCCAUUGAAGUUGAAAACAUAAAGCUGAGCAUGAAGGAUGGCCUUUGA